CGAAACCUAGUGGGGGAGGGUGGAGGAGUUGAGAAUUAGUGGCUCUGUUGUGGUAGAGGGCAGGUAGUGAUACUUGUUUUGUGUCAUUGUGGCAGCUGCAGAACGCUGUUGUUACUUUUAUAUGCAUAUUAAACUGUUAUUUUCAAGAGCGUGUGCAGUUUAGCUAGGCUGCAAUAGGUUUGUACGACUCCAUGUAACAGGCUCUAUUAGACACAAAACGUAAUGCGCAGCGUAGCGGAAUCUCGUUAAAAGCCGAAGAAAAGCCCUCUCCGUGUCGACUUGUGUGGGAUGUGGAGUAACAGAUUCCCCAAGACAAAGGUUUGAUUUCACAGGGAAAAAACGGGGCUUCGAGACACAGGCCCUGACAGGGAAAACUGUCCUAGCUUGAAGGAUAGGGAGCGAGCAAACAUUUUUUGUGUUGCCUGUGAAUAAGGACACAACUGUCUUCUGACUGGUGUCGGCAUUGCUUGCACAAGUAUUUUUUUUUUAAUUUGAACAAAAAUGGGACUUAUUUUUGCAAAACUGUGGAGUUUCUUUUGUAAUCAAGAGCAUAAAGUGAUCAUCGUAGGACUGGAUAAUGCUGGGAAAACAACAAUCCUUUACCAGUUUUUGAUGAAUGAAGUUGUGCAUACAUCGCCUACAAUAGGAAGUAAUGUUGAAGAAAUAGUGGUGAAGAAUACCCAUUUCCUGAUGUGGGAUAUCGGCGGGCAGGAGUCACUGCGGUCAUCAUGGAGUACUUACUACUCUAACACUGAGUUCAUCAUCUUAGUUGUAGACAGCACAGAUAGAGAGCGACUUUCUAUCACAAAGGAAGAAUUGUACAGAAUGCUGGCUCACGAGGAUCUCCGAAAAGCGGCUGUUCUGAUAUUUGCGAACAAACAAGACAUGAAGAGCUGCAUGUCUGCUGCUGAGAUAUCUAAAUACCUCACUCUUAGCUCCAUCAAAGACCACCCUUGGCACAUUCAAUCUUGCUGUGCUCUUACAGGAGAAGGCCUGUGCCAAGGCUUGGAAUGGAUGACCUCCAGAGCUGGACUAAGAUAACUGUUGCACAGUGCCCAAGACAGACUGCCUAUUGAUUCUACCUUGACAGACAGUGUUCUGGUACUUGUAGCUGCAGGAUUGUAGCUACUUUUAAUUUAUCAACAUGAACCUCUCCAAGCAACACUUGAAUGAAGUGAUGCUCCACUGACUUUAUAUGACCAUUUUUUUAUGCUGGAUGGACAUUCUAACAUACUUCUAUUUUCCCACAAGUGUUAAUCAAAGGGUGGUGCUCCUGGUCAAAUCAUGUUGCUGUUACUUUUCACAGCCUGUGAUACUGAACUGUUACAUUACAUCUGAUUUGGAAUUCAGGCAUUAUCUGUUUUAGACAGCUUGUGUUAACCAUUGUGUGCUUCCUUUGACAUCUUUUUGAAGAUAUUUGUAUUAGAAUGCAUUAUAAUUUUGAAUUGCUGUACUGAAGCCACUCAGUGUGGGGGAUGUUAUAGAAGCUUUUCAUUGAUAAACUGCUCUAUGGUAAUAUGUAUAUUUUUAUUUAUUUUUUUUAUUUAAUAUAAACACUCACUGGAGAGGGGCUGUGUAAGUAUUGCUUUGUUUUAUAUGCUCAUUGAAAAGAAAGUUUUAUUAAAGUCCCAGAAAAAUAAAGAAAUUACAGUGACAUUCAGUUCAUUCUCGAAACCUACAAGCCAUUGAAAGUGAGCAUGGGGCCUCUCUGGAUGUGUGUUUGAAUUUUCAAAGGAGAAGAUUGGACACCCGUGCCUUCAUAAUGACUACAUAUGUUUUGUACCCUGGGAUCUUGAAGUCGUUUUUUAAUGAAUGGAGCAAUUUCUAUACAUCCAGAAUUAAUUUGCAGGAGAUGUUACUUUGGUCGAACAGAGGAAGAACAGAUAAGAGGCACCGUUAUGAAAAUACCACACGUGGUAGCCUUUUGUUUUUCUCCACGUGGUGAAGUUUGGUUCUUACUACCCCCAUGUCUAUUAAAAGACAGCACUGAGUUGUUUCAAACUUAAACCUUGAAUACCAUUUUUGUGCACAGAAAAUCUCGCAUCCAGUUGUUGCCACUGAUAUGCAGCCAUUGGUACUUUAAGUAUCUUUCCAAUUUGUUUCUCAAUUUCCUUCUUUAAUUCUGAUGUUUCUAUGGGACUUUGAUGAUACCUGCUUCUCUCUACAGUCAGGCUCCUCAGAUGAAGCAGUACUUCAUUGUACGGUUACUCUAAAUAUUAAGCAUAUAAAAAAACAGUAAAAGCUGUUUUAUGGAGAGAUAGAAAUUGCCUGAAGUGUAACUCUAAAGAAAUUGAGAAAUCAAGUUAUUGCAACCUUUGGCACCAAAGCAAAAGCUCAAGGUUAUAAAGAAGUCAGCGGUGCUGCUUACAACAUAGUUUUAAGUGGGGUAAAAAUGUCUUAAAAUUAGUUAUUUUAUCUUUUUGCAUUUACUGUAUGUCAGCUGUUUUAUAUGCAGGCGCUUGUUUUUUUUCUGCCAUUGAAUAGGUAAUUUAAUUGCAGCAAACAUUUGUCUAAGGAGACAUGGAAGUGGUGAGAAAUUCUCCUCCAGUCCAGUUUUUAACCCAGUCAGAAAACAUUUUGACACCAAUACCACAGUGAUCGCAGCUUGGAUCGUUGGUUACUAUGGAAACAUGCACGACUACAUAAGCAGCCUCUUUUCAGUUUGAGCUCAGUGAGCAUUUAUUCAUUGUAAAUGUUAGUUUAUAUGAUGUGCACCUUAGAAGAAUCUCUUUCAGUCUUUCACAACCUGCUUAGUUUGUAUAACAUUGCUUUUAAACUUCUGAUUUCCUCACUGUUCCUGUUUGCAGUGAAGUCCUGUUUUGGGUGAAGAUAUCAUGCGAUAUCUGUGGGAUAGGAGAAAUUAGGAGAAGAGGCUAUGAAGAACCUCAAUGUGUUGGCCUUGUAGCAGAGGUCUCUUCCAGGAGACAAUCAAGUAUUGCCUCCAGAUUUGUUUUGCACAGUAAAAUGUUUGGACAGUAAAGUCUCUGUUCUUUAAGUGUUUCAGUGGUUUGCAAAUAAGCAUAGACCACUAGCUUAACAUUCAUUUUUACAAAGCCAUUUUCUAAAUUUGAAAAUGUUGUACAUUUUUGUUGUACAUGUUUUUAAUAUAACAAUACAAUGAGCAUUUGUGCAAUAAGAUUAGUUUGAAAACAUUUUUUUAAAAAAAAUGCAUUAGUUUAACCCUCAUUAUAUUACAGGUGUGAAGUUGACCUUCUAUGUAUGCUCUUUGAGUUUUUAGAAACAAAAAUCAAUUGGGAUUUUGUAAAUGAGUACAUUCCACAGUGAGUCCAUGGUUACAGUACAUGUGACUUGUUAAAUUGAAGGUAUAGUAUCAUUCUGAGCGUUGCCAAAAUCCACUGUCCACUCGAGACUUCUAAACUAUUGAAAUUCAAAAGAAGUCAGUAAAAGGAUGUGUUUGGAGGUUUGAGGGUUCAAGCUGUUUUCAUUUACACUGAUUUUGUUCUCCUGUUCAACAGAUUAUUGAUUAUUUUUGCAGAUGGAUAUUAAACUGAAAUAUUAAUUUUCUAAUGUAAAAUAAACUGUAGUAGUGCCUUCUCCUGGGUACAGACCCCCUA